AUGGGUUCAUUGCGAAGGUCUGCUGUGCUGUUGCUUUUGACUUUCACAGUAUCAGAGGCAUACGCAGCGAGGAUCAUUGGGGGUCAGGAGGUUUCACCAUACUCCAUCAAAUAUCAGGCAUCCCUGCAGGAUGAGAAAGGGCAGCACUACUGUGGAGGAACCUUAGUGCACCCUCAGUGGGUGGUGUCUGCUUGCCACUGCUGGAAGCCGAGCAGUCUGAUGAGGGUGGUGUUGAGUGAACACAGCUUGGUCACAACAGAAGGAUUUGAACAGAUCUUCAAUGUCUCGAAGAUAUAUGUCCACAACUACAACUACAAGACAUUCAACAAUGACAUUAUGCUCAUUAUGUUGAGUGAACCGGCACAGCUGAACGCAAAUGUCCAGCCAGUUGCUCUGCCUGAUGAACACACCCCUCCGCUUGUUGAUGACAUCUGCACAGUGAGCGGCUGGGGCGUGACACAGAUUUACAGUUACUACCUGUCCCCUGUGCUACGUGCUGUGGAUGUGAGAAUCCAGCCUUACUGCAUAUAUUACUACUGGGGCAGGAUCACCCCAAACAUGCUGUGUGCUGGAUCUCGGAUGGGUGGCAAAGAUUCCUGCCAGGGUGAUUCUGGUGGGCCCCUCAUCUGCAACGGCUUCUUUGAAGGCAUUGUCUCCUGGGGUAUCAGCUGUGCAAACCCAUACUUCCCUGGGGUCUACACCAAAGUGAGAAACUAUGUUGAGUGGAUGAAAUGGAUUAUCGACACUAACACACCAUAAACAGUUGCCAUGAUCCUUGAUGAGCACACCGCAGAGAUUUUGAUUCAUUCAUUUUGAAAACAAACUGAGAUGCCGAUUCAUGAUUAUUGACAGAUUAUUUUCAAGUGCUUUAUGAAAACUACUAACUUUCUUUCUGUUUUUUUUAUAGUACUAAAUGUCAACUUAACACACUAUGUUAUGUAGAGCCAAGGUUAUUAGUCAUUUCUUGAUAUAAGGUUUCCUAAACAUAUACUAAAAUGCUUAUAAUUCAUUGA